CUCAAAGGGCACCGGCGGAGGAUCCGAGGAUGUUGGCCGAGCGGCGGCCGCCGCCCAGCACUCCUCCCUGACUCGGAGCGGGAGAGAGGAGACUUUCCCGUCCGCGCCAGAAACCAGGCAAAGCUCAGCCCCACUCUGGCGCUUCCCCGCUCCUCCGACGGGAGCCGAAGGCAGCAUGACAGCCAUAGCGGUGCAGGCCCAGUGGCUACAUGCCCACAGAAGACCAAAGAGAUCGUUUUUUGAGACAUUUAUCCGGAGCCUCAUUAUCCUCUGUGUUGCGAUAGCAGUUGUCCUAUCAUCCAUUGCCGUGUGCGAUGGCCACUGGCUUUUUGCCAAAGGAAAGUUCUUUGGAUUGUGGCACUUCUGUAGCAUUGGGAACAACAGCGCCCUGAAAUGUACCACCAACCUCACUUUGGCUAAUGUCAAAGGGAUAAACAUAGGAAUGACUCUUGCACGAAGUAUGGUGUCACUUGCGGUGGUUGUAGCCAUCUUUGGCCUGGAACUUCUCAUGGUCUCCCAAGUCUGCGAAGACGUCAACUCAAGAAGGAAGUGGUCAAUGGGAUCAGUGCUCAUCCUUUUCUCAUUUAUGCUGUCAUCUGCUGGAGUCCUGAGCUUCGUAAUCCUUCUGAGGAACUACAUGAGUUUCACAGGCUUUACAUUAACCUACUGGUGUGAGUUUAUUGCUACCUUCCUUUUCUUCCUUAAUGGAAUCAGUGGACUUCACCUCAACAGCAUAACAUUUCCAUGGAGCAGAAUAAGAAAAACUUAACAGCAAUGGACACUGGUUCUCCCCGCUACACUGAGAAGCAUGUCAGUGCCAAUCAGUGUUUGAAAUGGACAGUGUUUUUUCAUCAUCUGCAUUAAGAGGAAGGGUUUGGGAGCAGCCUUCCACUUUCAGAGUAUGCUCGAGAUGAACUGAUGACAGAUAGUGGCUACUGAAAAGUGGAUAGCGAGGCCUGCCGAGAUUUUACAUAAUGUAACUAUUCAAAGUAAUGAUCUAGCAAAUAGGUGGUUUAGAGCAUAAUUCUAUGUAGGACUUUUUUCAUUCUAAACUUGCAUAGGAUUUUACCGUUAGUUAAUUUAAAAUUCAGUUCAGAAACCCAAGGACCCCAAUCCAGUUAUAGUAAGUUCUCCUGUAAGUCUCAUUGAAACUAAUGAGGCAAGGUAUAAAUCUUACAGCUUUCAGUUUGACUUAGUCACAACUAAUUCUGGCUGGCUGGGAGCCAAGGCCAGCAUCCCAGUGGGGAUAAGGCACACACUGUAAAUUUGCUGUGUUCUUUCCCUAAAUCUCCAUGAUUUUUGUUGUUGUUGUUGUUGUUUGGCUGGUUGUUAGUUUGUUUUGCACAUCAGUAGGUAGUGUAAGAAGAAAGAUCUGUACUAUGCAAGAAGUUAGGCAAUAUGCAUGCUUCACCUCCAAAUAAAUUCAAAUAAUUUGCAUUUCAGCCUAGCCUAUUUCAAACUGUUAUUAUGGCCUUGCUCCUUAUUAUUUCCUCCAUGAAAGCAAAUAAAAUAAAAUUUAUAUAAAAUGCCAAUAUUUUAUAAGACCUGUUAUGCACUACGAGUAUAUUGCUCUUUUGAACCAUGCCUGCAACUAAGCUCCUUUCAGUAGCAGUUUAGUUACAUUUGAUGUGGCGUUUAUCUCAUAAUUUAUCACUUCCUCUCUCUCCCCCUUCCCCUCCCCCUCUCUUUCUCUCUGAUCCUCCACUGCCUUAAUACUUCUGCCCAGUAUUUUUGAAGGAUAGUUCAGACCCUUCUUACUUGACCAAAAAUCUCUCCCAUUGGUGUAUUGCUCAUUUUUCUAAUAAAAACAGCUUGUAAAGAGAAUGA